AUGGCUGCAGGCCCUCGGACCUCCGUGCUCCUGGCUUUUGUCCUGCUCUGCCUGCCCUGGCCCCAGGAGGCGGGCGCCUUCCCCACCAUGUCCUUGUCCAGCCUAUUUGCCAACGCUGUGCUCCGGGCCCAGCACCUGCACCAACUGGCUGCUGACACCUACAAAGAGUUUGAGCGCACAUACAUCCCGGAGGGACAGAGAUAUUCAAUCCAGAAUGCCCAGGCUGCUUUCUGCUUCUCAGAGACCAUCCCAGCCCCUACGGGCAAGGAGGAGGCCCGGCAGAAAUCCGACAUGGAGCUGCUCCGCUUCUCGCUGCUGCUCAUCCAGUCCUGGCUGGGGCCCAUGCAGUUCCUCAGCAGGGCCUUCACCAGCGGCCUGCUGUUAGGCAUCUCCAACGGCAUCUAUGAGAAGCUGAAGGAUCUGGAAGAAGGCAUCCAAGCCCUGAUGCGGGACCUGGAAGAUGGCAGCCCCCGGGCUGGGCUGAUCCUCAGGCAAACCUAUGACAGGUUCGACACAAACCUGCGUAGUGACGAUACAGUCCUCAAGAACUACGGGCUGCUCUCCUGCUUCAGGAAGGACUUGCACAAGGUUGAGACAUACCUGCGGUUCACAAAGUGUCGCCGCUUCAUGGAAAGCAGCUGUGCCUUCUAG